GGCAACAUGGCGGCGGCAAUGGAUGUGGAUACUCCGAGCGGCACAAACAGUGGAGCCAGUAAAAAACGUUUUGAAGUUAAAAAGUGGAACGCGGUUGCACUGUGGGCCUGGGAUAUCGUGGUGGAUAACUGUGCUAUCUGCCGAAACCACAUCAUGGACCUGUGCAUCGAGUGCCAGGCUAACCAAGCGUCGGCGACAUCAGAGGAGUGCACGGUCGCGUGGGGCGUCUGUAACCAUGCUUUCCAUUUCCACUGUAUCUCUCGCUGGCUGAAGACCAGACAGGUGUGUCCUCUGGACAACAGGGAGUGGGAGUUCCAGAAGUACGGACACUGAGAUGUGAUCGCGUGGACCAUUCAGGAUUCAAGCUGAAAACUUAACAUUGCUCCCUGUGUGUCUCUCCCUGUCUCAGAACCACCCCUCACUGAGCCCCACCCCCCACUAAACCCCACCCCCAGAACCGCCCUGUCGUAGACCCCGGCCUCCUCACACCUUCAUUUGUGCUUUAGACAGAGAGGACUACCGUUUUUCUUUUCUCUUUGUGCAGAUAUUGUUCUAAGUUAUAAAUAAACACGCCGUGUGGCCGUAGGGCGUCUCGGAUCAUUUUUUUAGGAGUUACACUCUUACCUGGAUUUCAUUUUGUUUUUAUCCACAACUAUGAUAUGAUUUUAUACCACUGAUAAUGGGCCCCAUUAAAACUGAUUUGAAUGUC